UUCUAGCGACGCUCAGAAACUGUCACCAGAUGCGGUUGACCUAACCUCAAAAGUGCGGCUUGUAGUGUAACAUUGUUGUUGUUGUUUACAGUGCUGAAGAACGUUGUCGUUGCUUGUACAGGAGGGUGGUAGAGACGAGCGAGUAUAGGAAGAGAGGAUAGGAUGUCGGGAAUGCUGUACGGGGGCGACGAGAUCGGGGCGUUGGUUUUCGACCCGGGACACCACUCGCUGCGGGUCGGAUAUGCACAGGAGGACACGCCGAAAGCGGAAAUACCCGCGAUCGUCGGCGUCGCUCCAGACGGUGGCCCCAAGCUCGAACCGGAGGUGAAAGUCGAGGGAAGCGGUGGAAGCAGUAGCAGCAUCAACGCCUCGCAACCACCGACCUCUGCAGCAGCUUGGAAGUAUUACAUUGAUACGACGUUCCUGCAUACCCCCAGACAGAAUAUGGAGUUGCAUCCUUACAUGAAAGAUGGAAUGAUUGAGAAUUGGGAUUUUUUCGAGAAGGUCAUCGACUACUCAUACGCAAAGAUCAUACAGUCAGAGUCCGAGUAUCAUCCGGUGCUGUUCUCAGAGUCUCCGUGGAACCAGCGGCCGAAGAGGGAAAAGCUGAUGGAGAUCAUGUUCGAAAAGUAUAAGGUGCCCGCGUUCUUUUUAGUGAAGAACGCCGCGUUGGCCGCUUUCGCGAACGGUCGAUCAACCGCACUGGUCAUCGACAGCGGUGCCACACACACCUCAGCGGUACCCGUCCUGGACGGCUACGUUAUCUCCAACGCCGUCGUCAAGUCUCCGCUCGGCGGUGAUUACCUAGUGCUGAGGGCGCGCGAACUCCUCGAGGCGCAGGGUAUCGACCUGACGCCUGCCUCGAUGAUCGCGAGCAAGGAGGUCGUAAGGGAUAAGGAUAAGGCCAAGUACGUGAAGAAACCGAUUUCGUUUGCUCCGACCAACAGUUGGAUGGCGUACAUGUCGAAGCGCACCAUUCAGGACUUUCAGCAGACGGUGCUGCAGGUAUCGGAGACGCCGUACGAGGAGCGUGUGGCAAGCGCAGUUCCCGCCGUUCAUUACGAGUUUCCCACCGGUUAUCACCAGGAUUUCUCAUCGGAACGAUUUCGGCUCGCCGAAGGACUAUUUGAUCACGCGAUGCUCGGUGCCGGUUACAUCGCUUCGACGAGUGCCGGAAUGUGCGACGUCGAUGUGAGGCCGGCCCUGUACAGUUCGGUAGUCCUGACAGGCGGAAAUUCUCUGGUGCAAGGAUUCAGCGAUAGGCUGAGCAGGGAUCUGUCGUUGCGGACGCCCGGUUCGAUGCGUCUGAAAAUGAUAGCAGCCAAUGGGACCGUAGAACGGCGGUUCGGUGCCUGGGUUGGAGGCUCAAUUCUCGCCUCCAUCGGUACAUUCCAACAGAUGUGGGUCUCGAUGCAAGAGUACCAAGAGUCUGGAAAAGUUCAGAUCGAUAGAAAGUGCCCUUAAACAAAACAACAACAAUGAUGAUGAUGAUGAUUACACCGAUAUUCGAAGAGGAGGAGAAGACGAAGAUGAUGAUUAAAACACACCACACAGACAUACACACAUUCUGACAGACAAAUUCAAACACACACACACAUAUAUAUAUUUAUUCUUCCUCUUCGUUUUCUUUUCUAGCUCCUUCUUUUUAACGCGCGAGUGACUAAGAAUGAAUGAAGAGACACGCAUAGAUUCUAAGCGAUUGAAAUCGAAUACGUUUGUUUUUUUAUUUGUAUUAUUUAUUAGUUUUUAAGGGAUAAUAAGUGACAAAGAGAGAGAGAGAAAUGAUGAUACGAAUUGCGCGAUGUGCACGUAAGUGAGAAAGAAAGCGUGAGAGAUAGAGACAGAGAGAGAGAGUAACAAUAUUGAUAAUAACAAAUAAUGAUGAUGAUAAUAUUAGAGAAAUAUUACUAUUAU